AUGAUUUUGCACAGCAAGCAGUCUGAGGAGCCCUGGCAUGUGGGAGAUGUGGCUCUGCCUUGGUAUUACAAGGACAAUCUGGGUGGAUGGUCGUGCACAGGCAUGAAAGAGGACCUGGGCUGUCUACUGCAGUUCAACUGUGUGCUCCAGGAAGGAAAAUCCUCUCAGCAAUGUCUGAAGGAAGGAAACUGGAAAGCUUUGAAAUACUCAUUUUUUGAAUGUAAAAGAUCAAUGUUGGAUGUCAGGUCAAUAUUUAGAGGAAGAAAAAGAUAUUGA